AGUAAGACUGCCACCUGGUGGCAAAAGAAGAAACCCGGAAGUGACUGUCUUCUUUCUAAAGACACACAUCUGUGUAGAAGAACUACACUAACAAUUUAUCUCCACAAAUGGAAUCAGCUGGUUGUUCGUGUUACAACAAUGGAAGAGUCUCACAGCUCGACGCCGAGGAUUAGCAGGGAAGGAGAAGUCCAAAGAGCUCAGGGUUGAAUUCAAGUGUGUGCAGUCUUUUGCACCAUGUUGGUGACAGCAUACCUUGCCAUAUUCCUGCUGCUUCUCCUGUGUGCUGGCCUGGAGCUUGCAGCACGUCGUCUCACCCCACCUCAGCCGACUCAGACGGCUGCAGCCAACCCAGCCUUCGUCCGCUUCCAGAGAGUCUUCCUCCGGGCCUAUCUGUUGGCCCUAUGGGCGGACUGGCUCCAGGGUCCUUACCUGUACAAGCUCUACCGCCACUACAGCUUCUUGGAGUCCCAGAUAGCCAUCAUUUAUGUAUGUGGCUUGGCCUCUUCUGUGUUGUUUUCUCCUUUUUCAGGGUGGCUCCCCCAAGCUUUGGGCCGCAGACAGACUUGUCUGCUCUUUUGUCUGACUUACUCUGCUUGCUGCCUCACCAAGCUGUCCAGGGACUAUUUUGUUUUGAUUGUAGGUCGCAUCCUGGGAGGUCUGUCCACAUCCUUGCUCUCCACCACAUUUGAGGCCUGGUAUGUCCAACAGCAUGUCAGCGUCCACGAUUUCCCCAAGGAGUGGAUCCCCAGCACCUUCAACAAAGCUGCCACGUGGAACCAUGGGCUCGCCGUGGGAGCUGGCUUAAUGGCUAACUUGCUCGCUGAGUGGCUCCACUUGGGGCCGGUGGCUCCCUUUCUCCUGGCUGUCCCCUGUUUGCUGUGCUGUGCCUGGGUGGUGGUAGCAGACUGGGGGAAGGAAGAAGCAGAAGGACCUGAAAGUGACAAACAGAUGCUCCUUGUAGGUGCUCCAAAUGGAGGUUUGACUCGUCCAUCUGCAAAGGCCCGGUUCUCACGCAGCUGCCAUGAUGGACUUCGUUGUUUGCUUUCAGACAAGAGAGUCAUGCUCCUGGGUGGCGUGCAGGCUCUAUUUGAAAGUGUCCUCUACAUCUUUGUUUUUUUGUGGACCCCGGUGCUGGACCCUCACGGACCUCCUUUGGGAAUAGUGUUCUCCUGUCUGAUGGCUGCCAGUAUGGUUGGCUCCUUGAUGUACCGCCUAGCCACCUCCUCACACUAUCGUCUACAGCCCGGCCAUGUACUCUGUUUGGCCGUUUUGAUGGCCUUCUUCUCUUUAUACAUGCUAACUUUUUCCACCGCGCCAGGACAACCAAGACCGCAUGAAUCUUUCCUGGCUUUCCUGCUGCUGGAGCUGGCAUGUGGACUUUACUUCCCCGCAGUCAGCUUCCUCCAGAGUAGGGUGAUUCCCGAGGAGAAGCGGGCUGGAGUGCUGGCCUGGUUCCGCCUACCUCUGCACCUGCUGGCCUGUCUGGGUCUGCUGGCGCUCCACGGCGAGGUGUCGGGGACAGGGGGUGGGGAGGACGGCGGCGGUACUAGACACAUGUUUGGAGGCUGUGCAGUCAUGAUGCUCGCGGCUUUGAUGGCUGUUGUUGGUCUGUUCACGAUAGGCAGGAACGACUCGGACCUCAGACUUGAGGGAGCCAAGGGAGAGGGUGAGAUGUAGAUAUUUCGCGUGCAUCAUUUGUAUUUUUUGUGACUGGGUAGAAAACUAAUAACAAAAGGACGAUUUGUUCAUGUCAAUGAUGAGAUUUUAGUUUUUUCAUGUUACUUGUUUUUGUCAUUCAAAUCGCUAAUGAAAUUUGUCCGAAUUAGGAUUAUUGCUAUUUAAUUCAUUUUUACAGAGUAUAUGUAUUGACAAUAUGUACAGUAUGUUAUAAUAUAUUUUUCCUCUCAUGAAGUUUGUACAGGAAGCAUCUUAAAGGAUAGUGAUGUUAAAUGAGUGGCCCAUUGUGACAUGUAUGUCAUACUCGCUGGUUCUGAGGAAAACAAAAAAUAUUUAAAAAAUAAAAACUACAAUAGUUGGA